CAAAAUUCCUCGUCGAAUAUUUUAAAGCAAUGGAACAGUCCGGCCACAGACGGAAGGUGAAAACUAUAAUAAUACCCCGAGGUGCGUUUGACGUCAACGAUACUAUAGUCCUCAAAGUGCCUCAAAGAAGCUUUUCGCCGUUUAAUGAGCGAAGAUCGGCGUCGCCUGAAGCAGCGUUUAGAGCCAGUUAUUUUUACAACGAUCCUCCGCUGCCGCGAUCUAUAAACGAGCGCUUGGAGAAGGCCUAUUACGAAGGCUUCCAAAACGGACAGAGGCUCGUCCACAGCGCGCCUUUAGAUCAGCCCGUGGAUGUCACGCGUCCGGACGAACACAAAACCAGAAGCCCCAGAAGAAGACAUUGCUAUGUGUCGCCAGUCAGAGCAGCGGGGAUCGUGAAGAAUGAGUACCAGGAGCAAGUUCGAAGGAAGCUCGAAGAUCGCAUGAUGUACUUUCCGACGCCCAGCGAAGGAUACGAUCCGGCCGUAAUCGAUAAAUAUAAACGAGCGCUGUUGAGGAAGACGAUUAACAACGAAGAUAGCGAAGUUGACGAGCAAUUGUACUACCCGAAAAGUCAAACUUGGUGAGGUGGAGAAUAUCGAGGUUAAAGUUUGGUUAGGGUAUGGAAAAUGUAGUUAUGUCUAGGUGGUAUGGUCGUG